CCGCUGGUCCGGGCCUGGGGGGCCGCGCCGGGGCCAUGCUGGGCAAGGACUACAUGCUAGCCAUCGUCCUCGUCAACUGCGACGACAACCUCUGGAGUGACCAGAGCCUGGAGACAGACCCCGACCUCCCCCCAGGCUGGAGGAAAAUCCAUGACUCUCUGGGCACCUACUACUGGCAUGUGCCAACUGGCACAACGCAGUGGCAGCACCCGACAUGCAUCACCGGCCCAGGAGGGUGCCCGGAGGCUGAUGGAGAAGAUACACUCCAGGGAAUGGACUGCCAGGCUCAUGUGGUGAAACACUCGGCAAAGGACAGGCCCAUUCCCAGCCCCAUGGCUUCUCUGUCCCGAAGGACCUCACUGCCCUGGCAUGGAGAGGACUUCCAGCAGAAUGCAGAGCCUGGCUCCAAGUGCUUUGCUGUGCGCUCGCUGGGCUGGGUGGAGAUCCCUGAGGAGGACCUGGCACCUGGCAAGAGCAGCAUUGCGGUCAACAACUGCAUCCAGCAGCUCUCCAACAGCAAGGGCCAGAGUUCCAUGGAGAAUCGGGGCGAGGGCCAGGACCUGGUGAUGAUCCUGAAGAAGGACACCAUGAGCCUGGUGGACCCCCUCGACCACAGCCUCAUCCACCACCAGCCCAUCCUCAACAUCCGCGUUUGGGGCGUUGGCUGCAACAAUGGCAGGGACAGAGAUUUUGCCUUUGUGGCCAGUGACAAGGACACCUGCGUCCUCAAGUGUCACGUCUUCCACUGCAAUGUGCCUGCCAAGGGCAUUGCCAAGGCCCUGCACGAGAUGUGCUCCAAGAUCAUGGCUGAGCGAGCCAUAGCAAAUAGCAGGCUGCCACAUGCCACCAUGCUGGAGCCCAUCUCCACUGAGGACCUGCCACUGAAAGUCGAUGUCCUGGAAGCAGUGAGGCAGUCGAUGCAGACCUACGAGGCACUGUACAUUGGCAGCCUGCCUGUGCCCAGGGCCAUGGGGAUGGAUGUGCUGAAUGAAGCUAUUGAGAAGCUGAUGAAGGGCCCUGGGCGGGACAACUGGACACCCUCCCUCCUCCACGUGUCUGACACAGCCAUGAGGGUGCAGCCUGCACAGGUGGGGAGAGGGACGGGGGGCUCUGGCUGAAGGGUGGAUGGGCCCAUGGGGUCCCUGCAGGAUGACGAGGAAGUGGUGCACAUCUGGGAGUGCCAGGUGCGGUACGUGACCUUCCUGGGUGUGGGCCGGGAUGCCCACACUUUCGCGCUCAUCGUGGACAUGGGGCAGCACUUCCAGUGCACGGCCUUCUGGUGUGAGCCCGACGCUGGCACCAUCUCGGAGGCGGUGCAGGCAGCCUGCAUGGUGCAGUACCAGAAGUGCCUGGUAGCCACUGCACCGGCGGCAGAGGAAAAGGCUGCGACAGGUCGGGGCCGGGCUGGGCCGGCGGCCUCGGGGGAAGCUUCCAGCGGGGCGGCCAAGACCAGCGGGGGCAGCGGGGGAGCGGCAGGGUCGGGAGGCCGCAAGCGGGGCCUCUUCUCCUUCCUGGAGACCUUCCGCCUCCGGCGGGCGCUGCUACACACCCCAUAG